CUCUUUGCUGCUCCCCAGGGAGGCGAAGCUGCCGCCUCCAGGGAGUGGUGGCUGGCCUCAGGCAAGGCAGCCUAGCCCUUGGGAAGAAUGAGAGCUACAGCCGGAGCUGCAGCCCAAGCAGGAGGAGCCGGUCCCUUUUGCUGAGGUGCAGGAGGAUAAAGAUCGGACGUGCCGCCUCACCAUGAAGCUCCUCCCCAAGACACAAGAGCUGCAGCUUUGCCUAGGCAUGGUUGUGGGGCUUGCCGUAGGAUUUACCUUCAUCUACGCCUUCAGGACAGAGCAGAGCACGUCAGCGGUGGUGCAAAGAACCCACAACUCUUAUCCCCGCCAAGUGGAGGACAAUUCGACUGCGGCCGAGCUGUUCAGCAAGGUGCGGAUCCUGUGCUGGGUCAUGACGGGCCCCAGCAACCUGGAGACCAAGGCCCGGCACGUCCAGGCCACGUGGGCGCGGCACUGCAAUGUGGUGCUGUUCAUGAGCUCGGUGCGGGACGACGGCUUCCCCACCGUGGGGCUGGAUGUCAAAGAAGGCCGGGACCAGCUGUACUGGAAAACCAUCCGGGCCUUCCAGUACGUCCACCAGCACCACCUGGAGCAGGCCGACUGGUUCCUCAAGGCGGACGACGACACCUUCGUGGUGCUGGACAACCUGCGCUGGCUGCUGGCCAACCACACGCCUGAGGAGCCCGUCUACUUCGGGAAGCGCUUCAAGCCCUUCGUCAAGCAGGGCUACAUGAGCGGCGGGGCCGGCUACGUCCUCAGCAAGGAGGCCCUGAGGCGCUUCGUGGAGGGCUUCAGGACCCAGGUGUGCACCCACACCAGCCCGGUGGAGGACCUGGAGCUGGGCAAGUGCAUGGAGAAGAUGGGGGUGGAGGCAGGGGACUCCCGGGACACCAAGGGGCAGGAGACCUUCCACCCCUUCCCCCCAGAGAGGCACUUGAUGGAGAAUCUCCGGCUUGAUCACUAUUAUCCCACCUACUCCUUCUACCCCAUCCUGCUGGGUGCCCAGAGCUGCUCGGAUUUAUCCAUCUCCUUCCACUACGUCAGCCCGGAGGAGAUGUACCUGUUGGAAUACUGGAGCCGACACCUGCGCCCGCACGGAUACCAGCCCCGCUACCAGCCAGCUCUAAUGUUCUGGAACCGCACAGCGCCCAGGGAGGGGUGACUGGCGGGGGCUCUGCGGAAGGACACCAGCGAAGGGGGCUGAACCCCAAGGACCGGGUUACACCGGCGGCGCUUUAGAACCAGUGCGAGAUGCUCGGUGCCUGGACCCACGGUGCCAGGGGGUGUAUAAAGGCAACAGAGGGGAGGGAGGGGGUAUUUGGCGCUGGAGCGUGAGCUCAGAGCAGAGAUAUGGGUUGGGGGGGCUCUCAGGCAGGGCACCUCCGUGGGUUUGGGGGGAGGGUGUUCUUGGGCACAACCCCUGAGGGAGUUUGGGGAGCCCCCAGCUAAGGGGGGGCAGAUCCUGUCUACAUAUAAGGUGUCCAAUCAUCAUUACAAACCUCCCUUCUCUUUAGCUACCUCCGGGUGAAACGAGGGUUUGUCCUUGGGGGGGUGGGGGGAGCCCACUGCACUGAUCACAGGGGGCGGGUGUGGGCACGAGGCGCCCAGGGCCUCUCAGCGAUGGGGGAUCGAGCCAGCUGGCGGACACAUCCCCAGGACAGGCAGUGUGUAUCCCGGUGGCCUUCCUUAGGGAGUGCCAGGCUGUGGGGCCCAUUCGGGCCACGGGCUCUUUGCUGACCCAGUCCCCAAGGGAGCAGGUGCUGCUAAUGGGAUGGCUCCGUUUCCCGUCAGCCCCCACCCUGUCCCUGCCAGUCUGCCCUUUGCUGCCUGAGCUGGCAGGCCCCCCGCCCACUGCCCAUGGGGAUGCCGGGGCAGCGCCAGCGUGCGCUAACCUCGGUGCCUGCGAGAAUCCACUCGCUGGCCGCUCUGGGGCCCCGUCGGCGAAUUCCCAGCUGCUCCCGCCAAUGCCAUAAGUGGC